GGUCAAUCAAGUUAGCUUCGCCCCUUUUGCCAAAAGAUCAAACCUUUCAAUGGCUUGCAUUGCGCCCGGUGAGUGCAUGGACGACGGUCAGACUGAAUACCAAACAGUAGAGACAGCCGGCUGUGAAACACUUCGAUGUCUAGCAGAGCAGCUUCAAUCUUACAAACCUCCUGGAGUAGUAUUGAAUGAAGAUACUGAGAAUGGUGAUCAUGUUAGAAGCUCAAAUCUAGCGAUCAACAAGUCUAUGGCUUGUAGAAAUAGUGAAUUUUCGCUAAUCGAUCCCAAGGAGAAGAGGGCAGCAGUUCUAAUAUGUCUCUUUGAAGGCCAUGAGGGUGAACUACGUGUUAUUCUUACCAAAAGAUCCAUGAAACUGUCCUCCCAUCCAGGUGAGGUAGUGCUACCCGGUGGAAAGAUGGAGGAAGGAGAUGUGGAUGACUCUGCAACUGCUUUAAGAGAAGCAAUGGAAGAGAUUGGGUUGGGUCAAAGCCUUGUUCAAGUUGUUGCGAAUCUUGAACCCUUUAUUUCUUCGCACCUACUUAAAGUAGUACCAGUGGUGGGUCUGCUAUACAGAGUAGGAGAAUUCAAGCCUUUGCUCAAUGCUGAUGAAGUCGAUGCCCUCUUUGAUGUCCCCUUGGAGAUGUUUCUGAAGGUUCGUGUCUCAUUUUUUUCGUAUUAA